GAGCCUGCUGACCAGGAUACUGCCGGGCCAGAUCACUGCCAUGACAGCUGGUUUCCAGGCAGCAAUUUACUGUGCAAUAUGCGCCAUGUGAUAAAUUAUGUACGGGUGAAAGUACCAGACACUGCUCCAGAGGUACGGAGAGACCCUCCAGCAAGCACUAGCUCAGAUGGACACUCUCCCUCGUCUCACAAUUCAGGAACGGCUCAAGUUUUCAGCUUGGUUGCUGAACGGCGGAAAAAGUUUCAGGAAAUAAUAAAUCGCAGCAACAAUGAGGCCAAUCAAGUUGUUCGCCCAAAGUCAUCUGCACUAAAAUGGACAGCACCUGGUUCCACGCCUCAGUUAACUACAGUGAUUUUAGAGGUGAAAGAAAGUGUUUUGUCUCUGCUUAUUAAGCUUCACCAGAAACUGUCUGGUAAGACGGACUCUUACUGCCCUCCCUGGGUUAUGGAUUCAGAAUGCCUUGCUCAGGCAGAUCUUUCCAAGUAUGUACAUGGAGAUGGGGUGACUGCUGUAGAACGAAUUUUAUUGAAAGCAGCAAUUCAGAGCCAUUUAAACAAACUCAGCAUUGAUGAGAUUUGCCGGAAGGCUGCACCCCCUGUUCCACCCAAGAAGUCUAGCCCUACUGAAAAAAAA